AAUGGAGAACUCAACGAUGUGCGUGCACAAAUUAAAAGCUAGCCGUCAAAGGAUGAACAUUUGCCAAAUCCCCAUACAAAUUUAGAGCUCCAAGGUACAGAAGAAGGGGAGACCUCUCGUCUUCUUGUCCAAUUCUUGCGCUCACACUCCGGCGGGGAAGCUAUAAAGCGCCACUGAUGAGAAGAAGAACAUGCGAAGCUCUCCCUUUUCCACUCCCAGUCAAUAUUACAAUUCCACCGGAGAGGAGACAGAAGAGGAGAGGCGCCGGAGAAAAUGUCCGAAAACGGAGGACCAACUGAAAAAGAAGUAGAAGAUGGACCGGCGGUAGGGAUCGAUCUCGGAACCACUUACUCCUGUGUCGGAGUCUGGCAGCCACAGCACGACCGGGUUGAGAUCAUCACCAACGAUUUAGGCAACCGUACGACGCCGUCUUGGGUUGCCUUCACCGAUGGUGAACGACUCGUCGGCGAAUCUGCACAGAAUAAGGCCGCGUUUAAUCCCUCCAAUACCAUCUUCGGUAUUUGCCUCUUCUCCUCUCUCAAUUUUCUGUUUUUCUUUUGGCUUUAAUUUUUAAUAUCUAAAUUCAUACUCUCUAUUUGAUGCAUUUCCUUUUUUUUUCUCUGUUAUUUUUGAACUUCAAUGUUAAUAUUAAGAAUGCUAAUGUGGUAAAGAUGGUAACUAUUUUAACUAGAAAGUAAUUACUUGGGUAGAUACUUGAAUUUUGAGCUAGAAAUAUAUAUAUGUGUGCCUU